AUGAAGAAAUAUGAUAAUACUUAUAGGUGGACAAUGUUGCUCCUGUGGCUGCUUCUGGCAGCCUUUACGGGACUUGGAACAGCUCAGGUACUUGUUCCUCCAUACAUCAAUUUGGCAUUAAACAAAAGAAUUCAUGCUACAUCAACUUGCGGCGAAAUCAAUGGUGAACCGCAUCGAGAAGUAUUCUGUCAAAUUGCUGGAUCAAAUCAAUAUACGCCACUUGGGCAAUAUUCCUACAGUGUUAGCAAUGUACCGCUUAGUGUCCGAGAAAUGAAAGGUGGACAAAUUUGUGAUUAUUGUGAAGCAAAUACCACAAAUGAACAUCCGGCAGAAUUUAUGGUUGAUGGUGGAGCAGCUUGGUGGCAAAGUCCACCGUUAAGCAGGGGCAAACAAUAUGAACAAGUCAAUAUUACCAUUGACUUAGGACAGGAAUUUCAUGUCGCAUACGUUUGGAUUCAAAUGGCUAACAGUCCACGACCAGGAAAAUGGGUACUGGAAAGAUCGGUCGAUUAUGGUAAAACCUACACGCCUUGGCAAUAUUUUGCUGAAAGUGCUGCAGACUGUCAAGAUUUUGGAAAAGAAACGUUGGCUCCAAUACUGCGAGACGAUUCUGUAAUCUGUACCACCGAAUUCUCUAGCAUUACGCCACUGGAGAAUGCUGAAAUGAUGAUACGAUUAUUGGAAAAUCGACCGGGUCGGAGCAAUUUUAGUCAGUCUGAAGUGCUACAAGAAUUUGCUAAAGCUACCAAUGUUCGUAUUCGACUGCUACGAGCCAAAACACUGCACGGUCACCUUAUAAAUACACAAAAGCGAAAAGAUCCUUCGGUGACGAGACGGCAUUUUUAUGCAAUAAAGGAGAUAUUUAUGGGAGGUCGAUGUGUCUGUAACGGAUAUGCUUCAACUUGUGAUGUUCUCGAUGUCAGACGUCCGGACAUGCUACUAUGCCGAUGCGGUAAUAACACGUGUGGUGAUCAAUGCGAGCGUUGUUGUCCUGGUUUUGAGCAGAAAAAGUGGCGAGCAGCUAAGGAGGAUGAGGAAUUCAAAUGCGAACCAUGUAAUUGCCAUGGUCAUUCUAACGAAUGUGUUUACAACGAAGAAAUAGAUCAAAAGCAUCUCAGCUUGGACAUGUACGGAAAUUAUGAGGGUGGCGGCGAGUGUCAAAAUUGUCAGCAUCACACAGAAGGAAUAAACUGUAACAAAUGCGCACCGGGAUACUAUAGACCAAGAGGGAAACGAUGGGAGGAUCUUGAUGUUUCGUGUCAGUGUGACCCGAGAAUUCACAGUGACAUAUGUGAGGAAGAGACUGGUCGUUGUGAGUGCAAGCCACAGUUUACUGGUCCAUAUUGUGACCGUUGUUCACCGGGAUAUUAUUCCCCACCACUUUGUAAACCGUGUGAUUGCUCGUCAUCAGGUACUGAAGACAGUCUUUGUUUGCCAAUAGACGGUCAAUGUCCGUGUAAGACAGGUUAUACUGGAAAUUUCUGUGAAACGUGUGCUCCUGGAUAUACCAAUUAUUCGGCUGGUUGUAUUCCAUGUAACUGCAAUCUAGUGGGUUCAGUUAAUGGCAAGUGUGAUCUAGAAACUAGCCAGUGUGAAUGUCGAGUCAAUUUUGCUGGAUUAUUGUGCGAUAAAUGUGCUGACGGCUAUUACGACUACCCAAGAUAUUGCAACUGUGAUCCAAGCGGUACAGAAGAGGGCCUGUGUAAUAAAAGAACAGGAACAUGUCUAUGUAAACCUGGAUACACCGGAGUUCGAUGCGAUCAGUGCGAUUCCUAUUACUACGGUUAUCCCAAAUGCAAAGAAUGUAACUGUGAUGCACACGGAUCAGAGAGUCGCGAAUGUGAGCCAAAAACAGGUGAAUGCUCUUGUCGUAAAAACUUUAUUGGUCGACAGUGUGAUCGAUGUAGGCCAGGCUUUUACGAUUAUCCUAACUGUAAGGCUUGCCAAUGUCACGUCGAUGGGUCGGAGGGGUUGACAUGUAACAAUAAUGGAAAAUGUUUCUGUAAACCAAACUUCCAAGGUGAUCGUUGCAACGAAUGCAGACCAAACUUUUAUAACUUCCCACUUUGCGAAGAAUGCCGGUGUAAUCCGAGUGGCGUGGCAAAAGAUUUUGGAGGGUGCGACAAAGUGGGUCCAGGAAAGCUGUGUGAAUGCAAGAAGAAUGUUGAAGGGCGAAUAUGUGAUAGAUGUAAGCCUACCUUCUGGGCACUUAGUUACCAACUGGAGGAUGGUUGUAUGGCUUGCAAGUGCGAUCUAAGAGGAACAGUAGCAGGCCUGAGCAUAUGUGACAGUAUCACGGGACAGUGUUUAUGUAAGGAAUAUGUGGGGGGUAGGCAAUGCAGCCGAUGUGCUGAAGGAUAUUAUAAUCUUCAAGAGCAUAAUGUAUUUGGAUGUCAACCUUGCAACUGUAACAAGGGAGGAUCGGUUGGCGCCGCAUGUGACAUGAAAACAGGACAGUGCAACUGUCGGCCAAGAAUUACGGGACUGAAGUGCGACAGAGCGAUUAAUGAUCAUUACAUCCCCAAUUUAUGGCACCACAAAUAUGAAGCAGAAAACGGUCGUACUCCAGAUGGGGAACCUGUGCGAUAUGCUACAGAUAAGGAAGAAUUUGAAAACUUCUCAUCGAAGGGAUUUGCAGUAUUCUCAGAGUCACAAGACGAAAUUUUAAUUCCGCUGAACAUCCAGAAGUCUACGUUUUACCAAGUUUUAUUUGUCUAUGUAAAUCCGACGUCUAAAGAAGUGGAAUUUCGUUCCGUUUAUACUAAAGUAUGUUACUUUCAUGUUUUAGAUGCCGAUCAGUCAGCUACGAAUGUGCUGCCGCCAUCAAAGAAGCCUACCGUGGUAUCCAUGAACAAGCGACAGCCAUUUGUUUUGAACCCGGGGACGUGGAAACUUCAUAUCAAAACCCCAAAACGCAUUUUUCUGGAUUACAUAGUAUUGUUACCUUCUGAGUACUAUGAAGCUAACCUGCUGAAAGAAGUACCACCAACCGCUUGUGAAGUUGGUGCAGAUCGGGAUUACUGUCUUAAGACCAGUUAUGCACCUCUGCCAGCAUCUGCUCGUUUCAGCGUUGACGAAGAUCGAACCUUUAAUCAAAUUCAUCCAGACGGACGGAUUUCUUUAAUGGAUAAAAUGUCAUCUGAAAUGUUACCACCUGAGUAUGGGAAAGUUGCAUACGUUAAACCUGUUGAUGAGGAAACUCAAAUCCAAGUCGAGCUGAAGGUACUCGUUCCUGAAACUGGCAACUACGUAUUGGUGUUGGAAUAUAACAAUUAUCAAACAGUGAUUGUUCCACUGAAAGUUGAAGUUCAGUCGUCGGACAGUUCGUCGCAGAUGGCAGAUGCAGUUAUAGAGCACUGCCCUUACGAGGUUUUUUGUCGAAAUUUAGCGAUAGAGAAUGGUAUUCCAGCUUCUUUCCAUCUGGAAAAGGACAGUAUUGCUACAGUUACAAUAACUGUUCCACCAAAAAAUGAGUUUGGUCUUGCAGCAGUUAGUCUUGUUAAAGUAGAAGAUUGGGAUUCACGUUUUUUGAAUCAGGAGCCUAUUUGUGCGUGGAAAAAUGGUAAAUGUCUGGAAGAAAAUUAUGCUCUCGCUUCUAACGAAGUGGUUAAGGAGGCUGAAGCGGGACAAAAUGCUGACAAUGCUGUCGACGGCACCAAAUUGCCAUUCAAUGUUUCCGACCCUCAAAAUACUCAAGUUUUACUACUGGAUGGACAGGAGACAUCUUUUGAUGUUGAGUCUGCUGUUCCUGAAGCUGGCUAUUACGUCCUAAUUGUACAUUACUACAAUCCAGGGAACCCAUUCUUUACGACAUCGGUGUAUUUGAAUCAGUGCUUUUGUAUUUCAGGUGUUUUACCGUUAGAAUAUUGCCCAAAUCAAGCCGGAUGUCGAGCCGUUCUUCGGGAUGUUAAGCGAAAUGGCGCAACAGACUUCUAUGUAGUUGAUAAAUUCAUUGCUACUUUUAACUAUAAUACCAGUCAGAAAGAUCCAGUUUACAUAGAUAAAGUGAUAGCAGUACCGGUAAAUUCUUACAGUGAUUCGCUGACCAAACUUCAGCCUGUUGAUGUAUCGAGCAAAUUUAUUCGGGAAUGUGGCAAGGAUGAAUUUAUAAAUGAGUCUAAUGUUACCGAUUACUGCCGAGAAACUGUAUUUGCAUUGACGACUGAUUUUAAUGCUGCCAGUUUUCCUUGCCGGUGUAACCAUGCUGGAAGCAAGAGCUUCUCCUGUGCAGUAUACGGUGGACAAUGCGACUGCCGUCCUAAUAUUACAGGCCGCCAAUGCGACCAAUGCAAACCUGGCUACUACGACUUCCCAUACUGCAGAAGAUGUAACUGCUUGUUAAGCCAAACGUGUGACGAACGAUCAGGUCAGUGUUACUGUCCGAGACAUGUUGUGGGGAAAAACUGUGACAGAUGCGUACAAUACGCAUUUGGUUAUGAUCCGCUGAUAGGUUGCCAACUUUGUCAGUGUGAUAGCCGAGGAUUAGAUGAAGUGCGAGGUAGUCCUCAGUGCGACCCAGAGAAUGGCCAGUGUUUAUGUCAAAGAAAUGUCGGUGGACGUCAGUGUAAUCAGUGUUUGGCUGGACAUUACGGAUUCCCACAUUGUUAUGCUUGUGUUUGCGACAAGAAAGGCACAACUGAAAAGAUUUGUGAUCCUGACAGCUCUACAUGUAUUUGCAAGGAAAACAUUGAGGGGUCCAGCUGUGAUCGGUGCAAACUAGGAAAAUUCGACUUGCAAGAAACAAACCCACUUGGUUGUUCGGACUGCUUCUGCUUCGGCGCUACCGACCGUUGUCGCUCUUCCAGCUAUGCAGUUGAUUAUGUUUUCUUUGAUAGAGAAGCUUGGCAAGUUACCGAUCCUAAAGGAACUGUUCGACAUAAUGACGGACAAGUUCACUAUUUCGCUACACCUGCUGACACACCUGACAACGUUUACUUCAAAGCUCCUUUGGGUACACAAACUGAUUUUACAGCUGCAUAUGGCUUGAAGAUUUCGUACAGAAUCUCUUCUCAACCAAAGGCCGACGAGGCGCGUAUGGGUGUCGCUGCUGACUUGAAGUUGAUUGGAUAUAAUAUGACACUGGAAUAUUGGAUCAGUGAAGUGCCUAUGGAUGCAAAAGAAGCCUUUGGUGUUCAAAUUAAGCUUGUUCCGGAGAGCUUCAUAUUAGAAUCAGGCAGUCCUGUCAAGCGUUCUGAUUUGAUGCUGGUUCUAUUUGACUUAAACCAGAUUCUGAUCAAAGCAUCGUACUACGAAAAAACAGAUCUGGCUACUUUAACUGACUUUGAAAUGGAAAUUGCAAGAAAGAAUUUUGAAGCAACUAACGGCUUUCCAACUGCUACAUCUGUUGAGGUUUGUCAGUGCCCUGCACCAUACACUGGAGAUUCAUGUCAGCACUGUGCUGACGGUUUUUAUCGCGUUAAAACUGGUACCUAUCUUGGCGCCUGUAUAGCAUGUGAUUGUAACGGACAUUCCGCUUCUUGUGAUAAAAACACUGGAAUUUGUUAUAACUGUCAGCAUCAUACUACUGGUGAUCAUUGUGAGAUUUGUGAAGAAGGUUAUUAUGGAAAUGCUACGAGAGGCGGUCCGUAUGCGUGCUUACCGUGUACUUGCCCUAACUUAUACAAUAAUUUUGCGUCAAGUUGCCAGGUCUCUGAAAAAGGUAUUUUGGAAUCUUGUACGUGCAAGCAGGGUUACACUGGCGACAAAUGUGACCGUUGUGCUGUCGGUUAUUUUGGACAGCCAGAUGUACCUGAAGGCUCUUGCACAAAGUGUUUCUGUAACGAAAAUAAUGAUCUCGAGGCUGAGGGUUCGUGUGAUCCAGUGACCGGUUAUUGUGACAACUGUUUUGGUCAUACGUCUGGUGAAAAGUGCGAGAUUUGUGAAGACUGGUAUUACGGUGUUGCUACAGGAACCAGAAACUGUAUGGACUGCGGUUGCGAUCGCUGUGGAAGUUCUUAUUGUGACAAAGAUAAUGGAAAAUGUAUCUGCCAACCAAAUGUUGAGGGUGAAAAGUGUGAUAAAUGUGUUCCGAAUGCUUGGGGAUUAAAGCGAUGUAUAGGAUGUGAUAUGUGCGACUGUGCCAUAGCGUCGAAGAGCACACAGUGUAAUGACCAGACCGGCCAAUGCUUCUGCAUGCCAGGUGCAGCUGGAGUAAAGUGUGAAGCUUGUGCUCAGGGAUACUGGAAUUAUACCGCUUCUGGUUGUACAAAAUGCGAUUGCGAAGCCGAUCUUUCUUUGGGUACGGUUUGUGACAUCAACACUGGCCAGUGCCACUGUCAGGAGGGAGCUACAGGACCAAGAUGUGAUCAGUGUUUGACGCAUUAUCUGCGAAUACCCGAUUUUGGUUGUAGAAUUUGUGAUGAGUGUGUUCAUUCUCUGAUCACCGACUUGGAUGUGUUAGAGUCACACCAUGGCGAUCUCGCUUAUACAAUUAAACAUAUGUCACCAGCAACUUUAGCUGGAGCCAGACUUAGGCGAUUGUCAGAACUGCUGGAUUCAAAUAAAGUAAUACGCCUCAUAAAUGUUCUUUUAUUUAAGCAAGCAGUAAAUUUUUUUCGUUUAGCAUUUGCGUUCUUUGGAAACUUUAUAGCUGUUUUCGUCCUUAUGUUGGUCAGUUUUAGGGCUAUUGAUGACAACGAGUGGUGGAAAGUAAUUGCCGAGCAUAGCGGUUCGAGAUUGAGUGUUAUAGCUAGAAAACCUGGGACGGCAGAUUCUGCUGCUGAGAAAGUUCAAGCCUUACCCGACGGGAAUCCUGUUCUUUAUAUCACUCAAGACUCUGGUCGUUUAUUUGUCGGAGGCAUUCCACCUAAUGCUAAUGUUGGUUGCUUUUUUUUCGAAGAUACUAUAACAUUUGACGGUUCUGGUUAUGGCAUAAUGGAUUUGCCGGGUAAUGGAGCCCCACAGACUAACACUGCUUUCUCUAUUCAGUUCCAGACUUAUGCCGCCAAUGGGCUAUUGUGCUACAUCGGGAAGGCAGAUAGCAGUGACUUCAUGUCUUUGGAAUUAUUGAACGGCGCUAUUCAACUGGCAUAUAACCUCGGAUCCGAAGAGAAAGAACUGAUAACUUCUAGUAAGAACUACAACAAUGGUGCUGUUCAUUCGGUAGGUGUAGUUCGUCGAGGACGUCGAGUUAGGCUCACUGUUGAUGAAGAAAAGCCUAUUGAAGGGGAAUCUCGUGGUGAAGAAACAACAUUGGAUGUUGGUGAAGAAUUCUACAUUGGUGGACUUCCACAUAAAUUUGCCAGUUCACUAAAUGUAGUUCCAUUCCGUGGUUGUAUCAAAGAGCUGAGGUUAAACUCAAAGUUUGUUGAACUUUCUAAGCCAAUAGCGACAAAGAAUGUUCUUCCGGGCUGCUACAUUAAAGUAGUUCAUACAGUGUCAUUCCCAUCGGAAUACGCUCGCUCAGUUUUCCACAAUGUUGUUAAUGGAGGUACUUUUGAGCUUAUGUUCUACUUCAAAACGGACCAACAAACUGGACACCUCACGACUGUUCAAAGUUCAGAGAAAGUGAGCAGUUUUUUAGGACGGUCAUUUGGUGUUUAUCCGAUUUUAAACGGAUUUUUAGUUGUGUCCGCCGGGGGUGUAGAUAAGCGCAAAUUGGGUUCAGGGCAUCUUUCGGACGGCCUUUGGCACUUUGUAGUCGUUAAGAAAAAAGGCACCAAGCUCCGCGUUGCUGUUAAUAAUGGGGUAGCCGACGAGAUAGAAGUAAAGGACGAGCCUGCAGGAGUUAGAACUUACCUGUUUCAAGUUUUUUGGCUCCAUUGUGCUCCUACAGCAUCGCGGUCCCCCAAAGUUGGACAUUUUAACUUACUGUUUUUCAGAAGCAUCUUCACAGUACAUCUUCGACCAGCUGCCCUACACGGGCUCAUUAUGCUUUCUAAAGACAAGGGUAACGUUGACUACAUCUCAUUAUACUUGGUAAAUGGUACCGUGAACUUUGCGUUCAAUGCGGGAAACGGGCCAGUACAUCUAAAGUCGAACCGCUACUUGGUAGAUGGAAAAUGGCAUAGCGUGGUAAUUGAACGUUAUGAAAAGAACGGCACAUUAUACGUUGAUGGAAGUUUGGAAGACAAUGGGAUGUCUCCAGGAAGGAGUGUGUCUAUCAACACUGAUCCUCCUUUAUACAUUGGAGGUCUUCCAAAAGAGUCUAGUUUGCUGUCAUCUGUUGCUAAACACCUACCGGGACUGAAACCAACAUUCGUUGGCUGCAUGCGAAACUUCACACUGAACGGUAUUAAGUUGGACAACCCUAAGGAGUAUGAUAUUGCGCCAUGCAGCGAAAAGACUGAAAAAGGGACAUAUUUCGGAGGGAAAGGAGGAUACAUGAUUUUACAUAGGAAUUUCACUGUACCGACCUUCACCGUUGAACUUGAGGUUCGCCCUCGAACAAAGACUGCAGUACUUUUGUCGGUUAACGGUGCUGAUUCUUUCACAGUGCAACUGCUUAAUGGGGUUGUGCACUUCUCUGUCACGCACGGAGGCGAAACAAAAGAAGUUUUUUCCAAAUCAAAAACCAGUAAUGCUCUUUGCGAUGGACACUGGCAUACAAUUAAAGCUUUAAAAGCCAAAAAGGUUUUGAUGCUAACUGUGGACAACAACAAGGAGUACGGUACUUUGAAGGAUUACGGACCGAAACCUGAAAUGACCUUAAAUGCUCCACUAUAUCUAGGAGGAGUUCCUAAAGGAGCAAAAUUUCAGUCGUUGAAGACAACAGAACCAUAUGUCGGCUGUAUCAGAUACGGAUUCAGCAAUAAAACAAAGCGGCGAAAGAAGCACGUUGAAUUUCCCGAAAAAGUCAAAUUUGGAGACGUGACGGUAGAUUCUUGUCCAGCCAUUUAA